AUGGCUGAUCACGAAAUGGAUACGGCAGACGACCUUGUCUUCGACCCCGACCAGGACCCCGAGGAAAAACGCGAAGUUAGGCAGAAUUAUCGUUCCCUAGCAAGAAAAAUCGAAGAACAUCAGGGAAACCCGAAUGACUAUACCGCCACGGAACUUCUCUCCCAAGUCCAUGAGGCCGACAAGCUUUUCAACAAGGUCAAGGGACCUCAAGAGGCUACUUUGGACUCUCACUUGUUGCUGAUGGCGUCGAACAUGGGAGCCCAGAAAGCUCGUGCCAUGAAGUCAGGAUCUGGCGCAUUUGACAUCGACGAUUUUGUUUCGAAGCUGUUACGCUUCAUUUCCGGUCAGAAGAAUCUGGAAGAUGAUUUGCCAGAAGAUUCAGACGGAGAGGACGUAUCUGACCAGCCAACACUGGAUUGGGAUCGCAUCGGCCGAAAGGCGAUGGCGAAGAGCAGGCGUAUCCCUGCUCUUGGCUUCAUGCUAGGGCCACUCACAAUCGAGCAGAAGAAACGAACCCAGGUUAAGCGGUCCAAGCUCGAGAAGAACAAAGAAGACGAAAGGAAACCUCAAGAGCUGAAGGAAGAAGAUAUUUCCAGGUCACAGAAUGAAACAACCAAGAAUGUUGCUACUCUCAAAGCCAUUUUGGACGAACUAGGUCCGGUCAAUAUCUUCACGUUCGUCGUGAAUCCCAACGACUUCGCCCAAUCUGUUGAAAACAUUUUCUAUCUUUCCUUCCUUAUCCGUGAUGGGACGGUUGCAUUCGAGACCCAAGACGGAGAGCCUAUCAUCUACAGUUGUGAACAACCUAAAGAUGAAGAUUACGAAGGUGGAUUACAGAAACGGCAGAUGGUGCUAGAGUUCGAUAUGGCUACCUGGAAGCGAGCAAUCGAGGUCUUCAAUAUUACUGAAGCGACAAUUCCCCAACGACCGCCUGCGCAGACAAGGUUAGGGGACAAAUGGUACGGCUGA